AUGAAUCUGAUAAUUUUAAUCUCAAUUAUUUACCUGGCCCUACCUACCAUUUUAACAUUACUAAACUACUGAUUCACACUAACAAAACCAGAUAACGAAAAAUUAUCCCCAUAUGAGUGCGGCUUCGACCCACUAAAAACCACUCGUCCGCCGUUCUCAAUUCGAUUCUUUUUAGUAGCAAUUCUAUUCCUACUAUUUGACUUAGAAAUCGCAUUACUACUACCCCUACCAUGGGCUAUUCAACUCCCAUACCCAACCUACACCUUUACCUGAGCCUUCAUUAUUAUAUCAUUACUAACCCUAGGCCUCCUUUAUGAAUGGAUUCAAGGAGGACUAGAAUGAGCAGAAU